AAUCCCCCCAGCUUUGCCUUUUUGACUUGGGACCUGGCAGUGGUGGGCUUGUGCCAAGAUGAGCAGCUUCGAUGUCUUGACAUUCCCUGUGGUGGUUGCCAAUUCUAGGCAAAGAAUCGCCUGUACAAGGAAUCAGUCCCGUACUGGUGAAUAUGUGUUUCGUGGCAAAAAAGAACUAGCUAGAAGUCACGUGGAUAGUAGACCUCCAGAGGCCAAGACUCACCUCUACUUCAAGGUUUCCAAGAUACAGAAGCUAACACUCCCCAAGAUUGUGGAGCCAGAUAAUACGGAGACGCAAAAUGCACCUGUGGCAGUAGAAGUGAGGGACGCCCAAAAGAAAAUUGGGCUGAUUGAACGGGAAAACAAGACCCUGUCGACACGCCUAGCUCAUAUAUAUCGCGGCACGGGCUUGGUAGACUGCUGGAACCCGUACCAAAAAAAGAGUUCACAGCGGCAGAAGCAGAACAUAGAACUUGUGAGGAUUACCGUGGAGAAUCAGGGUAUCCUCAAAAGGAUCCGAGAGCGAAAGCCAACCUAUGACCGGAAGCAGUCAGAGAUUGACUGGGAGAAUUCAAGGAAAUAUCUGAGGACCAGCACUCGCUUUCUAAUCUCAAACCACGAGAAACUAGGCGCUGUGAGGAAUAACAAACCGUUUGGGCCUGUUCGAAGUUCAACAGCUAGUUGAUGGCACCGCCAACAACUGGCUGAUUUCUUUGUUAGGGUUUCAGAAUUAAACGUGAUGCGCGGAAAGAACGUC